UCCCUUUGUCCCGUUCCCCUUUCCUUUUCCGUGCCCUUCUCGGGAGAUGCUCCUGGGCAAGGGCGCCCCGGUCCCUCCUCCCCGCGCGCCGCAGGGGCAGGAACGUGGUGUCCUCGCCCGCCGGGAGUCGGGGAAAGCGGCUGGAGGCGAGGGCGGCCGAGCAUCCGUUAAGAAAAUUCCCUCUUCAAGGUUAAAAAGCCCGGCCCCUCCCGUGGGAGCCGGUGCCAAGCGCAUCUUUGGGAUGGGUGUGGGCAGGCAUCGGUUCCCGAGGGAGAACGAUGCUCUUGGAACUCGAUGCACUGCUCAAGUAAUUUUGUUGGGUUUUUUUCCCUCCCUUUUCAAUUGAAAUCUUUCUAGUUUAAAGUCUCUGCUGGGUUGCUGCAAAGGUCAUGAAGGGGUAAGACUGAUUUAAUGGGAAUGAGAAAAAGAGGGGCUGUGCUGUCAGGCGUGCCACUUCCAUUCCUUCCUGCAGGCUGGCGGCGUGAUUUGCAAUUACUUGCUUGCAGGGUUUUUUUUUUUUCCCUCCCUUGUGGGUGAUGCGUGCGGGAAACCCGCCUAGUUUUCUAUGGACACUAUAUUGGGUUUCUGGAAUCAUCCUCUGUGCUGUCUAAUUCUGCCUAUGUAAAGGAUUUCUGGUGUCUGGGUGGGUGGGGAGACUUGAACAAUACAAAGUUUGCCUUGCUUUGAAAUUCCUGCUACAGAUAUUUUGAAAGGGCGAGGGAGAAGAGCAGAAGAUUGUGAUGAAUUCUUUCUGAAGCUCUGUUUUGUGGCUCCGUGUUCUGUGUGAUAAGAAAAGAUAUAACCUAAAAAAAUAAAGGGGGGAGGGGGAGGGAUCAAGAGAACUAAAUAAAAGGAGUUUCUUUGCAGCUCCAUCCAUUUCAAUGGUGCAGCUUUCCCAAGCCCCUUUCCGUCGCUCAUCACCUUCAGGCCGGUCAGAGGAGGGGGAGGAUAAGAGCAUGAAGGCGGCCAAGCAGCAGGUGAACCCGUCUGGGGAGAACCAACCUCCCUCCAGCCCCUUGCAGUCUGCGCUGAACUCGGCAGCCUCUCCUUCCCAGGCAUACGAGACUUACAUUGAUAAUGGGCUUAUCUGCCUCAAACACAAGAUCAGGAACAUUGAGAAAAAGAAGCUCAAACUAGAAGACUACAAAGAUCGCCUGAAGAAAGGAGAAGCCCUCAAUCAAGACCAGUUGGAGGCAGUAGAGAAAUAUGAUGAAGUAGUACACAAUUUGGAAUUUGCCAAGGAACUUCAGAAGACUUUUUCAGGACUUAGCCAGGAUCUGCUGAAAGCACAGAGGAAGGCUCAGAGAAGAGAGAGUCUAUUGAAACUUGAAGCAGAGAAGAAAAAACUGCGUACAAUACUUCAGGUCCAGUAUGUGCUGCAGAACUUCACUCUAGAGCAUGUUCAGAAAGAUUUCAAAGGUGGUGUGAAUGGUGCAAUAUACUUGCCUUCUAAAGAACUAGACUACCUCAUAAGAUUUGCAAAACUGACAUGUCCGGAAAGAAAUGAGAGCUUGAGUGUUGAAGACCAGAUGGAGCAAUCAUCUCUCUACUUCUGGGACCUUCUAGAAGGAAGUGAGAAACCUGUGGUUGGAACAACAUAUAAACACAUGAAGGACCUGUUAUCCAAACUUCUGGACUCUGGCUACUUUGAAAGUAUUCCAACUCCUCGCAGUCCUGUGCCAGUUAAAGAAUUGGAAGAAGUAAAAAGAUCUGAGAGAGCAAGACAGAUGUCAAAAGGGGAGCCUGUCAAAGAACCAGAAUCCAUUAUGGAGCUUAUGAAGUCUGAAAUACAGCCACAGGAGUUUCUUAAUAGGUGUUAUUUGGCUGAAGCAGAAUACUCUGUCAAGAAGAGGCCAGAAGAGCCCAAAUCUUGGGAAGCUGAAUGCACUAGAAAGCAAGAACCUCCGAAGUCCUGGGAAAUGCUUGUUGACAUUGAAGAGCAGCAACAGAAGCGGAAACAAGAGGCCUUAAAGCCUUGGGAGGCUCGUGUUAGGCAGCAAGAACCAAAAAGAGCAGAUUCUCCAAAGCCUUGGGAAGCUCGUGUUAAAGAGGAAGAACAGAAGCGUGAGUCUGCAAAGCCCUGGGAGACUCCUGCUGAGGAGGAAGAGCAGAAGAAGCAAGAAGCUCCAAAGGCCUGGGUACCACAUGUCCAAGAGGAGCAAGAGUCUCCCAAACCUUGGGCAGCGAAGGCUAGGGAAGAGCAGGGCCAGAAGAAACAGGAAUUGUCUAAGCCAUGGGUAGCAAAAGUUAGGGAAGAGCAGGAACAAAAAAAGCAGGAGUCCCCAAAACCUUGGGUAACCAAAAUUAAGGAGGAACCGGAACAGAAACGGGAAUCUCCAAAGCCUUGGGUAACCCAGACUAGGGAGCAACCAGAACAAAAGAAGCCAGAGCCUAUGAAGUCAUGGGAAAUGCCUGUUAGGGAAGAGCCAGAGCAAAAGAAGCAGGAGCCUGUGAAGGCUUGGGCUGCUCAUGUUAGGGAGGAGCCAGAACAAAAGAAGCAGGAGACUCAAGAGGCUUGGGAGAAAGCUGACAGGCAGCAUCAAGUGUCAUCACAGCAGUUACAGAACCCUCCGAAGUCCUGGGGAGCUGCAAGUGUUGGGCCAAAGGAGCAGAUGGGGCCAAAGAAGUUUGAUAUUGAACCCAAAGAAGUGCCUAAACCUGUUCAUCAGCCAGCUGCAGAAUUUUGCUCUACUUCAACUCUUCCAAAAGAUCCAGUAUUGAGAAGGGAAAAACUUCAGGAUCUGAUGACUCAGAUACAAGGGACUUACAACUUCAUGCAAGAGUCCAUUCUGGAUUUUGAUAAAGCUUCACCAAGUGCCGUUGGUUCAUCCCAGCCACCUUCAGUUACUCCAGCAAGUAGUCCUGUAGCUUCAAAAGAACAGAAACUGCCAAGUCAGAGUGAUUUUCUUCAACAGCCUCUUCAAGCUGCUGCUGCUUCAUCUGUGACACUGCAUGGUUCAAAUACUUCCCUGGCAUCUGCUGAUCAAACUCUUUCUGUCUCUGAAGCUGAAGACUUGGUGACAACACAAACACCACAGGCAUCAGCAUCACUUUCUCAAGAGACUGAGAAAUAUACUUCCCAGCCACUGUAUCAGUCAAGUUCACGUAUUUCUGAGCCACUGAUACCUAAAAAGAUUGAAAUUGCCCAGGCAACUAUUCCCCUCCAAAGUGAGCCGCAGUCACCAUUGCCUACUUCAAGCACCUCCAUGUCGCCAGUACCACCAGCGCAAAGCUUUCAAUCUCCUCCAGCAAGUAGCAGUUCUGUCACAAUAAAAGCAGCUCCCUUUCAGGCUAUGCAGACUGUAUUUAAAGUGAAUGCACCACUGCCUCCACGUAAAGACCAGGAAAUUAAAGAAGAUUCUUCAUAUACAGCAGGAUAUAACCAGAGUUUCUCUACAGCAAGUACACAGACAACUCCUCAAUGCCAGUUGCAGUCUUCUCACAUUGCAGAACAAACCUCUCUUUCACAAGAAUCUCUCUCUUCAGCAGUGAAUUAUCAACCUGAUGGAGCUGUUCCUGUUAGCAACGGUAGCCUUGCCUUUUAUCCAGCACAGACUAAUGUUAUUCCCAGACCCCCUCAGCCUUACAUUAACAGUCGUGGGUCUGUCAGAGGAUCUGCUAGAGGUGGAAGGUCAUUGGCUAAUUCAUAUCGUUCCCCGGGUGGGUACAAAGGUUUUGAUGCUUACAGAGGCUCACCUUCAAUAACUAAUGGCAACUAUGGGCAGCUGCAGUUCCCAGGUAGAGAUUAUGCUGGAAUGCCAUAUUCUCAGAGAGAUGUUAAUUACCAGCAGUGCUAUAAAAGAGGUGGAAUAACUAGUGGUCCUAGAGCAAAUUCAAGAGCAGGGUGGAGUGAUUCUUCUCAAGUCAGCAGUCCAGAACGAGACAAUGAAACCUUUAACAGUGGUGACUCUGGACAGGGAGACUCCCGCAGCAUCACCCCUGUUGAUAUGCCAGUGACAAGCCAAGCAGCCACCAUACUACCAGUGCAUGUCUACCCUCUCCCGCAGCAGAUGAGAGUUGCCUUCUCUGCUGCUAGAACAUCUAACUUGGCUCCUGGAACUCUAGACCAACCAAUUGUAUUUGAUCUGUUGCUGAACAACCUUGGAGAAACUUUUGAUAUCCAGCUUGGUAGGUUCAACUGUCCAGUGAAUGGUACAUAUGUCUUCAUCUUCCACAUGCUGAAACUGGCUGUAAAUGUUCCCCUGUAUGUGAAUCUCAUGAAGAAUGAAGAGGUCCUGGUGUCAGCAUAUGCAAAUGAUGGGGCUCCUGAUCACGAAACGGCUAGUAACCAUGCGGUCCUGCAGCUGUUCCAGGGAGAUCAGAUCUGGUUGCGUCUGCAUCGGGGAGCCAUCUAUGGAAGUAGCUGGAAAUACUCCACCUUUUCGGGAUACCUCCUUUAUCAGGACUAAAAUCCAGUAUGAUGUUUACAAAAGAGCUGCUCCAAACACCUUGGUGGAGGGGGGUGGGACUAGCUUUGCACUUAUUACUGACUUUAUAGAAGAUAUAGGGUUCCAUUAUUGGGGGAAAUGAUGGUCCUGUUGUGCAAGGUGAAAUCAUGGAGUUGGGGUACUGAAUCAGCACUAAUUUGGCACUUUAUCAGUUGUGAUGUAGCCUUGCUAGUAAAGCUGUGAAUGUAUAUUGUUUGCACUUACCCUAAACUGUAUUAAUGUCCAGCUUACUACACUAUGGAUUGCCUCAAGUAUGGGCUAUUCACAAUGCCUUGUUGUGCCUCAAUAAAACAAGUUAAUAUGCA